GCGGGCUUUCCACCGGGCCUUCUUCUUCCCCUCUUUCAACGUGAAAGAUCUUCACACCGUGGACGACGGGAUCCUGCGGCACUUGUACCGGACAGUGGAUGGUGGUGAAUGGGAUCUUCUGAUUGCCCAUUUCUUGGGCGUGGAUCACUGUGGCCAUAAACAUGGACCAGAUCACCCUGAAAUGGCCAAGAAGCUCUCCCAGAUGGAUGAAAUGCUCAGGGGACCAUGGCAUGACAGGGACUGGGGACCAUGGUGGAGACAGCGAGGAGGAACUCGACGCAGCCCUCUUUGUGUACAGCAAGGCUCCGCUCUUCCAGGACCUCCCCCCUGAGGAGCCAGAGACGGUCCCGCAGGUGAACCUGGUCCCCACACUGGCUCUCUUGUUGGGGGUGCCGGUGCCGUAUAGCAACAUUGGGGAAGUGAUGGCUGACCUCUUUGGAAGCGAGGGGGACGCUGCCUCCUCGCUCCAUGCCCAGCUGGCAGCCUACAACAUCAAUGCCAGGCAGGUCAACCGCUUCCUGCAUUCCUACGCAGAGGCCGCUCAAGACCUUCCUGCGGAGAAGCUGCAACACCUCCAACGCCUGUUUCGCACCAUCGCGGAGGAGCACGAGCGUCUCUCGGCCCAGGCGGCCUCUCCGGUUCUGCCGCAGAUGGAGGCACUCCGAAACCGUUUCCAGCAGUACCUACGGGAGGCCCGGGCUGUGUGUGCUGAAUCCUGGGCCCGCUUCCACCCAGGUUGCAUGGUGGCUGGCUGCGCGCUCCUGACUUCUUCUUGCCUGCUGUGCUACGUUGCCUCCAAGGUGGCCUCUCGCAUGGACUUCUCCUGCCGCCACUUCUUCCUCUACCCGUUGCUCUGGGGGGGGGUGGGGGUGGCCCUGCUAGGACUGGCUCACUUUUGCAGGGGGGCCAGAGCUGACUUCAUUGUGCUGUCUGCCUGGGGGGCAGCAGCAUCGCAGCUGGGGUUCUUCUGGCAUUGCUGGACCACGCGCCCCCCAACCUCGCACGCUGCUGCCCUUUGCCCCCCGUUCGAAGGCCUCAGCCUGAAGCUGAGGCUCUGGGCAGGGCCGGGGGCAGAGCUGCCCUUGGGGAUCCUGCUGUUGCGCUGCAGUGCCAUGCUUUCGGACAGCUUUGUGGUGGCGGAGGGGCGGGUGCUACCAUUCCUGCUCGUCUCUCUGGUGCUGCUGGAGGCGCUGAGGCUGCAGUGGAAGGGCAGGCUGGACGGCUCCCUGCUGUGCUGGCAGCUGCUGGCCACCGUGGGGGCCGUAGUGGUGUGUGCACGGCUGUCUGGGCUUUUUCAGAAGUGCCGUGAGGAGACCCCCGCUUGCCAGUCCUCCCCCAUCUUGGGCCCCCUCUCCAGCGUGCAGGAUCCAAGGGCCAAGAACCUCUAUUAUGGCCUUUGUCUGGUGGUGCUGGCCAGCGUGGCGUGGGGUACCCGGCGCUGGUUGCGGCACUACGGCAACCUGAACAGCCCCUGCGCCCUGGUCCUCUUUGUGCGGUGGGGGUUCCCGCUGCUGGCCCUUGGCAUCGCCGGUUAUUGGGCCAUCACUUCUGGCGCUGAGGAGGCGCUGAUCAAGCUUCAUGCCUGGGUUCAGCUGGCUCUGGAGGUCUUCCCCCGAGGGAUCUUCAGCUUGGUGAUGGCAGGGCUCCUCCUGGUUUUCUGGAAACCCGUGACCGUAUUUGUAGAGGGCAGCCAAGCCCCCCCCAUUGUGUCCCCCAGCUCUGAGGCCUUGAUCCCCCAGCUCUACCGCCGGAUGCAGGAGUCUCUGAAGAGCCGGCUGGAGGAAACGGAGGACGGCAGCCGGGCCGCUGUGGCAGCCUAUGGGCUGGGCAGCGUGUAUUCGGCUGCUCUGCUUAUCUCUCUGACCUUGCUGGGCUUCCUGCUGAUGACUCUGCAUGCUGAGCGCCUCAGCCUGGCCUUCCUCCUGCUGUUCGUGGAGGCAUUCGCCCUGCUGUGGAUGCACACCUGUGCCCGGGCCCUCUCUUCGUCUGCACACACAGAUCCCUUUGUGGUGCCGUGGGAGGCCCUGGUAGCUUGGGCUCUUGCUGCUGGGCAAUUUUUCUAUGCCACUGGCCAUCAGCCAGUUUUCCCAGCCAUCCACUGGAAUGCAGCCUUCGUGGGAUUUCAGCAGGGACACGCCACCAACCUACUGCCCGCACUCCUUGUUGGUGCCAACACCUUUGCCUCUCAAAUCCUGCUGGCAGCUGGCUGCCCGUUACUUCUCCUGUGGCCCUUUGUCUGUGAGACAAGCACCGCCAGGGGCAGGAGGCCAAAGACACGAGUCCAGGACAGGGAGGAACAUAUGAUGGAGAUGAGGCUCCGGGAAGCUCCAGAGCGGUUUUCAGCAGCACUGCUGCAGCUGGGCCUCAAAUACCUGCUUAUUUUGGGGCUUCAGCUUCUGGCUUCUGUUUUGGCAGCAAUGAUUCUCAGGAGACACCUAAUGGUGUGGAAGGUAUUUGCCCCAAAGUUCCUUUUCGAAGCUGUGGGCUUUGUGGUGAGCUGCCUCUUCCUCCUCCUGGGUCUUGGCUUGGUGAUGCGCGUGGAUUGUGCUGUGAGCAAGUGGUUCAAGCAGGUCAUCCUUGCGCAGUCCAGAUAGUGCAGUAGCGUGGAGUCAGUCAAGGGGCACUUACACCAGUGAGGAGCCCUGGAUCUGCCUGCAAGAGAUGCUGUUUCCUCUCUCUGCAAAUGACAGUGACUGUGGGAGUGGCAGAAAGGGGGACGGACCCUCAGUUGCAACUUUUGAAUAGCAGGGAGUCACUAUGGAAUGGCUCUUGGCCAGGCAUGGGACUUGCCAAGGAAUGGGAAGAAGCGCCAGGGUGAAACGAGAGAGACCUUUAAGCCAGUGCACGCUCCUUUGCUGGGUCACUGAGUGGCAAUGACGUCUUGUGGAGAACGACUGGGUAGCUCUUUCUUUUCUUUCUUUCUUUCUUUCUUUCUUUCUU